UUUGUGCGCGGUGCAUUGUGGGAUAUUGUUUGGAAUCUGGAGGACUACUGUGUUCUUUAUUCUGUAACUGUACAGCUGACUUAUCAGUUUUAACAUUAUUUUCAACUGAGGACACAAAUGCGAGAAACCGAAACCGAGACGGCAGACGCUAGUUCUGUCCGGAAAAGUCUUGAAGCAAUAUGUCAAGAGUUGAACAUGGACGAGGAAACUGCGACUGAAGCCUUGGAGAAUUUCACUGCGAUCUGGGAUACGUACACUCUGGAGGGAGAUGUGGUGCACUGGCUGGCCUGUGCCCUGUACGCAGCCUGCAGAAAGGGCUGGACUCCCACAGUAGGGAAGGGGGUCGUGGAGGGAAACUGUGUGUCCCUCACCCGAAUCCUCAGAUCUUCCAAGCUCAGCUUGAUUCAGUUCUUCAGUAAGAUGAAGAAAUGGUCGGACAUGUCGAAUUUGACCCAGGAUUUCCGAGAGCGGAUUGGCCACUUGGAGAGAAACUUUGAGGUGUCAACGGUGAUUUUCCGGAAGUUUGAGCCCAUAUUCAGGGACAUGUUUCAGGACCCCCAGGGAGAGCCACCACGUCAACCCAGGAGUCGCAAGCACAGGCGCCUUCCCUGUCAUAUAAGCGAUGUCUUCAAAUUUUGCUGGACCCUGUUUGUCUACACAAAAGGAAAUUUCCACAUGAUCGGAGAUGACCUGGUCAACUCGUAUCACCUGCUCCUGUGCUGUCUGGAUCUGGUCUUUGCUAAUGCACUGCUCUGUGACAACAGGAAAGACCUAAUUAACCCACUCUUUAAAGGGCUGCCCCAGGACUGCCUGGGUCCCGAUUACUCUCCCCCGGACGAGCCCCCCUGCGUGAUCGACAGGCUGUGUGAGCUUCACGACGGGCUGGUGGUGGAAGCCAAAGGGAUAAAAGAGCACUACUUCAAACCCUACAUCACCAAGCUGUUCCACAAACAGAUUUUGAAGGGGAACGAAAGCACGCUGACAGAACUUUUGGACGCUCCAAACUUCAUAGAUAACAAUAAAGCGGUGAACCGGGAGUAUGAGGAGUUUGUGCUGACGGUCGGGGACUUUGACGAGCGCGUGUUCCUGGGGGCGGACGCGGACGAGGAGAUCGGCACGCCCCGGAAAGUUCCCUCCGAGCCCCCCGAGGGGCAGCUGUCCGCCCGCAUGCAGGUGGAGUGCAACCUGCAGCAGCACUUUGAGAAGACGCGGUCCCUGGCCCCCUCCACCCCUCUGACCGGGCGGCGGUACCUGAAAGAGAAGGAGGUGAUGGCGACGCCCGUGUCCAUGGCCACGCAGAGCGUCAGUCGUCUGCAGAGCAUGGUGUCCGGACUGCGCAACGCCCCCAGCGAGCAGCUGCUGCUCAUCUGCAGGGCGUGUUCUCGAGACCCCACAGAGACGAUCUUGAGCAGGGUGAAAUCCCUGGGAGAGACGUUCCGACAGCACUACACCCGGAGCACGGAGGAGCAGCCGGGAUCUCACCUGGAUUUUGCAGAUAACAGGCUGAAGCUGGCUGAGAUCCUGUACUAUAAGAUCCUGGAGAACGUGAUUUCCCAGGAAAUGAAGAGGUUGCAUGGGAAAGACAUGACUGUGCUGCUGGAGCAGGACAUUUUCCACCGCUCCCUGAUGGCCUGCUGUCUGGAGGUGGUGCUCUUUGCCUACAACUCCCAGCGCUCCUUCCCCUGGAUCAUCGAAGUCUUCGGCUUACGCCCCUUCUAUUUCUACAAGGUGAUCGAGGUGUUCAUCCGCUCGGAGGAGGGCCUGUCCAGGGACAUGGUGAAACACCUGAACAACAUCGAGGAGCAGGUGCUGGAGAGCCGAGCCUGGAGCGCAGACUCUGCCCUCUGGGAGGCGCUAGAGGCCGCCCAAAAGAAGGUCCCCACCGUGGAGGAGGUGAAUUUCUCCAGCAGCUUCGAGACUGGAAACAGCAACAGUGGUCCCGCCCACCUCCCCCUGGUGACUCUAUCUCCCAUAAUGCACCCGCGGCUGAGAGAGGUCAGGACAGGCCUGGGAGGGAGCGCGCGGAAAGACGUGCCCCCCUCCCCCAUCUCCCUGCACGACCGCUACAGCUCCCCCACCGCCGGCACUGCCGCCAAGAGGCGUCUUUUCGGGGACGACCCCCAGUCCCCGCCCCCCCAGAGGAUCUCCUUCAGCCAGCCGGGCACCCUGAAGAUCGUCCCCACCUCGCCCUCCGGUGGCGGAGCCCCGCCCCGCUCCCCGGCCCGCACCCUCAUCGCCAUGACUACCACCACCGCCACCGUCACCACGCUCUCCGCCCUGCCAGGGAUGAAGAGCGAUGUGGGCGGGUUCACCAUCAUCCAGAUGCCCCCGGGCAGCCCGCUCUCGGCCCAAGUGCUGCUGACGGCGUCUCCCAGCCAGCCUGCGGCCGACGCCCAGAGCUGCAGGCCCCGUCGCACCGGCUCCCUCGCCCUGUUCUUCAGGAAGGUGUACCACCUGGCGAGUGUGCGUCUGAGGGACCUGUGUGUGAAGCUGGAUAUCUGCGCGGAGCAGCGGGGGAAGAUCUGGACGUGCUUCGAGCACUCUCUGGUGCAGUGCACCCACCUGAUGAGGGGCCGCCACCUGGACCAGCUGCUGCUCUGCGCCGUCUACAUCGUGUCCAAGAUCACCAAGGAGGAGCGCACCUUCCAGGACAUCAUGAAGUGCUACCGCAGCCAGCCACAGGCCAGCAGCCACGUUUACCGCAGCGUGCUGCUCCGGAGCAGCGGCGGAGAGCAGGGCGCCGACGAGAACAGCAUGGAGGAGGAAGGCUGUGAGUCUCGGCCGGACAGAGGAGACCUGAUCCAGUUCUACAACUCCGUGUACGUGCUGAGGAUGAAGGGCUUCGCUCAGAGAUACGCCGUGCUCAGCGCCGAUCCCCGGAUGGAGGCGCCCCCGCUCUCGCCCUUCCCCUCAGUGAGGGCUCAGCCGCUCUCCCCGCGCCGCGUGUCCCAGAGACACUCCAUCUUCAUCUCCCCCCACAAGAACGGAUCCUGCGUCACCCCCAACUCCGCCUUCACAUACAAGUUCAACGGCAGCCCCUCCAAGGAGCUGAGUGACAUAAACCGGAUGAUCAGGCAGGGCGGGGUGAGCAGGAAGAGGGCGUUCACCAUGGAGGGGGACUGCACCGAGUCCCCGACCAAGCGUCUGUGUCAGGAGAGCGAGGACGUGCUGCUCAAACGCCUGCAGGACGUCGUGAGCGAGAGAGCGCACCACUGAGGAACCCCCGCACGGCUGUCCAAAAUCAGCCACGACACCCCCUCAUAUCCCCCAAAAUCAGCCACGACACCCUAUCAUAUCCCCCAAAAUCAGCCUCAACACCCUAUCAUAUCCCCCAAAAUCAGCCACAAUGCCCCCUCAUAUCCCCUCAAAAUCACCCUCGACACCCCCUCAUAUCCCCCAAAAUCAGCCUCGACACCCCCUCAUAUCCCCUCAAAAUCAGCCUCAACACCCCCUCAUAUCCCCUCAAAAUCAGCCACAAUGCCCCCUCAUAUCCCCCAAAAUCAGCCACAACACACCAUCAUAUCCCCCAAAAUCAGCCACAACGCCCGCUCAUAUCCCCCAAAAUCACCCUCGACACCCCCUCAUAUCCCCCCCAAACCUGCCCCAAAUCAGCCACAACACCCCCUCAUAUCCCCCAAAAUCAGCCACAACACCCCCUCAUAUCCCCCAAAAUCAGCCGAAACACCCCAACCCGAAAUCGUCCGAUCUUGACCCCUAAAAAACAGCCAGUUUGGGAUAUAUCCCUUCUGAAUAUUUAUCCCUAAGCCCGGAGUCAUUCUCGCAGCGCACAGCCUACAGUCAUGCAGCAGGAUCUAGAGCAGGUAAACCCUUGGGGUUACCUGUAAGGGUGUGGAGCUUUAACAGGGUCUCUCUCUAAACCCCUGUCCCAUUGGGAGAGAUCCACAUAAACAAUCAUAUUUAUGUUGUUUUCAUUGUUACAUGGGAAACUCAGGGCUAGGUCUUCGCUUUUAGAAGGGCCAGUUUCCACGAAGCCAUCUGUUCGAUCCGGAUUUUCCAUGUAACAAUCAAAAACGUAUAUAAAUGAGGGCUAAAAUAUUGAAGAGGCUUUGGGACAGACCUGCUUGGUCUGAGUUCCCCUACCUGAGGUGGGAUUGUGCUUUUAUGCUGCUCGUGUCAGCAGCAUCCUCUGUGUGUAGUAUCUACACUUGAAUUCUCAUUUUAUACACGCGACAGCGCCGUUAAACACGAACAGCGCCUUUUCUACAAAACCCUUUUCAUUUUUACUUGAACUGUAAUUGUUUUUGAAAUCUUUUGCUUGAUAAAAACGUGACCCAAACACAUCCACGGAAUUUCGAUGCAACUUUUAUUUGAAUUACUUUUAAAGAUAUCCCCCCCCCCCCCGCCAUUUUGAACAAUCAAAGCUUGUGAUGCAAAAUUGUUAUUUUCCCAAAAGGGAAUGGUUUUGAGAACCUGUUGUUGAUUCAGAAAGGACAGAUUUGCCCAAAUGCAUAAUGAAGCGAGUGAUUUUCUCCCGAGCGUGUUCGCAGUGCAGCCCUGAGCUCUGUUGUUGUGUAACGGUUUGGAAACGAUCCCAGUACGAGUGUUACCCCCGCUGCCCAAACCGGGACGUGCUCUAUCCUGACUACCGAACUCCCGCUCAGACGCGUUCCUCCAAUACAAAAAAAAAUAAUAAUAAAUUGUAGCGAUGUUCUUUGUGCUUCGGUGAAUGUUUCUUUGUUGUUGAGUUUUGUUUUUUUACCUUUGGAUGUUAGGUUGUCAGUGUAAUUGUGCAGCAUACACGGACAGUAUUGAGCAUUGAUUUCUUUUUAACGUUCACUCCACAUCAAACUUGCCUAGAAGCUGGAGCAGUUGGAUCAUCAGUGCCUUUGUACAUAUGAAAAUAAAAUGGCAUUUUACACA